AUGGAGUGCACCAGUUGUCCAGAGGAUUUCUGGUCCAGCCCCCAGCGUGAUCACUGUGUCCCGAAGAAAACAGACUUCCUCUCCUACCAUGAGCCUCUGGGUAUCUGCUUGACAACCACCUCACUGUUGGGCACAUGUAUCUGUGUUGUUGUUCUGGGCAUCUUCAUCCAUCAUCGCAGCACACCUAUAGUUCGUGCCAACAAUUCAGAACUCAGUUUCCAGCUCUUGGUGUCACUUAAGUUCUGUUUCCUCUGCUCUUUGCUCUUCAUUGGACGACCCAGAUUAUGGACUUGCCAACUAAGACAUGCAGCAUUUGGCAUCAGCUUUGUGCUUUGUGUCUCAUGUAUUCUGGUAAAAACCAUGGUGGUUCUGGCUGUGUUCAGGGCCUCCAAACCAGGAGGUGAGUCCAGUCUCAAGUGGUUCGGUGCUGUGCAGCAGAGAGGGACAGUUCUGGUUCUGACUUCUGUUCAAGCAGCAAUCUGCACUGUCUGGCUUGUCUCUGCUUCACCAGUGCCUCAUAAAAACACACAGUAUCACAGUGACAAGAUAGUUUAUGAGUGUGCAGUUGGGUCCACAGUUGGUUUUACAGUUUUACUUGGUUAUAUUGGUUUACUGGCUGUCCUCAGUUGUUUGUUAGCUUUUCUUGCAAGGAAUCUUCCAGACAGUUUCAAUGAAGCCAAACUCAUCACUUUCAGCAUGCUGAUCUUCUGUGCAGUGUGGGUGGCCUUUGUCCCUGCUUACAUCAGCUCACCUGGCAAAUAUGCAGAUGCAGUGGAGGUAUUUGCCAUCCUGGCCUCCAGUUUUGGCAUCUUGGUGGCACUGUUUGGACCCAAAUGUUAUAUAAUCUUGUUGAGACCAGAGAAAAACACAAAGAAAGCCAUCAUGGGUCGAGGCAUUGGGUCAUAAAAACUGCAAGGAACAGAAUUUGUCAAUUCUAGGUACCUUCUACAUACAAAAAUACUGGUAGAACAAUACUACUACCAAGAAAGAGGGUUUAUGGUAAUUAAAUGUUUUCAUCUAAUAUAUUCAUGAUCACUAAAAAAUUACCCCUUUUCAGCAACUAUAAAAAUUACAGGACACUUUUCUUCAAAUCCCUUAAAGUCUAUGAGUAAAUUUGGCUCUGUUGAUGCCUUCCCCGUUGUGGGAAUAAUAAAAUAUUAUCAAAUCUUAUCUUCUCCAACCAAAAGAGUAGAUACGCCUGCAUUUCUCUGGUAUGUAGCUCCUCAGUAGCUCCUCAGCAUCACUCACUGUUGAACAGAUGUCACCUUAAAAAAUCAUCAUCAUCCUCUUCCUAACAUAACUGUCAGCUCCCUAAUUUGUUAACACUGCAGCUAUUGACAACGGUUGUGGAGAGAUGUCUUCCACAACAGAAUGUCAGCUGUAGCACUAUUGGCUACUCUACUUUAUGGCGACAAUACCCUCCCUUGCAGCUUGUUUUCACCAGAAAUAUGUAAAGAGGUACUGUAAAAAGCUACUUGUGGUCAAAGAGUCAUAUCAGUAGGACUUUAAGGUCUUUGUUACUUUUAAUGGUCCAAGUUAAACUCGCUGGAAGAACUGCCGGAAACAUACAAUCAACAUAAUAAAAUGCAUGUUCUGAAAAUCUACCAAUUGUUCUUAUCCAAAACACAAGGUGUUUUUUCUUACCUACUUUUUGUUUGAACAGUUAAGGGAUAAAUUAACCCAGUGUCCAUGUUUACCAACUUUUUUGUUGUUCUCUUCCUUGCUGCCACCAACUGGACAGGGAAGUGUUUUACAUGGAGCAUAGGCAGAUAGUGGUUCCUGCGGGCACGAGA